AUGAAAAAUUCUUCAGACACAAGAUUUGAAGAUGCAAGAAUUAAAGGAUGCAGCCCCAAAACUACUCCAGAAAAAAUUGAAAAAAAUCGAAUUAAGAGACCAAUGAAUUCUUUUAUGGUUUGGUCAAGAGGACAGCGUAAGCAAAUGUCCCAGGAUAAUCCCAAAAUGCAUAACUCUGAAAUUUCAAAAAGGUUGGGAUCUAAAUGGAAAAUGCUAACCGCAGAAGAUAAAAAACCGUUUGUUGAUGAGUCUAAGCGCCUAAGAACUCUUCAUAUAAUGGAACAUCCGGACUAUAAGUAUCGGCCAAGAAGGAAAAAUAAAAAUAAUGUUAAGAAAGACUGCCAUUUGAAUUUUGAUACAGCUCAACAAGAAGUUUUACAACCUAGUUAUCAAAUUCCUAUUAACUUCGGAGAUGGAUACUAUGCAGAUCCUAGCUAUUUUAUGAAAACUAAUAACAAUGAAAAUUAUAAUCCGAAUCAGUUCAAUUAUUCACCAUACACCAAUUUUAGUAACGGCUUUCAAACUAAUCAAUUCACACCAAAUGUCAACUCUAUACUACAAUAUCAGCAAAUACCAAUGCAGAAUUUGAUUCAUACAUUAAACGGAUCUGUAAAUUCGGGAGUCAGACCGCAAAUACCAGCCAGCUACGACUAUUAUAAUGGAAAUAUUUCAAAUUCCACAGGGAGUGGCGAACAAAAUCACCAACUGCCGACUUAUCGAUUUCGAAACAAUCUCAAUUUUGUUGAAAAAACUGUAUUUAAAUGAUUGAUUAAAAAUAGUAUCAACUAAAUAA